GCAGCGGAAACCGAAAGGGCGGUGUGGCCGCCGCUAGAGGUUGGUUCACCUUCACCUGUGCGAGUCCCUAGCUGACCCAAGUGGGUAGCUAGACAAGCAGUAAAACAUGAAUGGAAGAGUGGAUUAUUUGGUCACUGAGGAAAACAUCAAUCUUACCAGAGGACCCUCAGGGCUGGGCUUCAACAUCGUCGGUGGGACAGAUCAGCAGUAUGUCUCCAAUGACAGUGGCAUCUACGUCAGCAGCAUCAAAGAGAAUGGGGCUGCGGCCCUGGAUGGGCGGCUCCAGGAGGGUGAUAAGAUCCUCUCGGUAAAUGGCAAGGACCUAAAGAACCUGCCACACCAGGACGCUGUAGGCCUCUUCCGUGAUGCAGGCUAUGCUGUGUCCCUGCGAGUGCAGCACAGGUUACAGGUGCAGAAUGGGCCUACAGGACAUCGAGGUGAAGGGGAGGCGAGUGGUACUCCCAUAGCUAUGGUGCUGGUGCCAGUGCUUGCCCUUGCCGUGGUGGCAGCCUGGGCCUUCAUGAGAUACCGGCAACAGCUUUGAGAAGCUUGCUUUUUUCCAGUACUCCCGAUGAAGAUACAUUUCUCUCUUUCUCUCACCCUGCUCCCCUGCCAUUCUCCUACAUAUUUCCAUCUCUGCAUAGCUGACACAUGAUUUAAAGAGACUUCCACCCAACCAGAACCUUGCUGUCCAGAAUUUCCGAAUCCUUAUCUUCUAAUGGGAGAGUAAAGGCUUGUGUGAAGGAAGACUGAAGAAAAGACUUGCAUAGAACAAAUGAGAUAUUAUAUACUUUACUAAGACCACCAAUAGAAGUUCAGCUACAACCCAAAGACAGAAAGGUCCAGUCCUCCCAUCACCAUGGUUGAUAACUUUUUUCUUAGCUGGCAUGCCUCAAAGGUCAGCUGUGUGGUAUAAGAGGAAGAGAGGAUUUUUCUUUUUAAUGAUCUUCCUUGGGAAGUUUUUGUGGCCUUUAUUAAUUUCUAAUUACAUACUUGGGUGCCUGUAUCAAAGGAUAAUGAGGAGAGCAUUUUUAACUUCUUUAAGAAAGCAAAUACAUAUUUAUACACACACACACACACACACACACAUAUACAUAUAUGAUAGUAUAAUAGUGAUGCCUUAUGGAGGAUGAAGAGGUGGAAGGCUACCCUGCAGUUUCCAGGUUUCUAAUGUACAGGGUGAUCCUAACUGAAGACUUUGAUAUACAGUGAGAGUGAGAGAGUGAGCCUUAAAAGAGGAUGCCCAAUCUGAGUCAUUAAAAAAUAAAGAAAGAAAAGACAACUGAAGCAAAUAAAUAAGAAUCUUAGAACAGUGUUUCUUUUCAUAGUAACUGUGGUGAAGUUGAGGUAAAAUUCCAUAAUCCAGCUUUGUAUGAACCAAAUUGUUCAAAAAACUUGGAGAUGUAAAGAUAAAUCUUACCCAUUUCUGGGCUAUCCUAGUGAUUUUUCGUACCCCACAACCUGUUUAGGGGUCAGUUGGAAUGAUUGUGGUCAGAGCUAUGGUGAUGGGCCAAACCAACCCAGUGGAAAAACUCUGAAAGGCAAAUAAGACAGUGCCUCCAAGGUGGUGACUAAACCCUUUCAGGCCAUCUGCCAGUCUUUUCCGUUCCUAGUGACAGACAAAAUCUGAGAGAAGGAACUGCUUGCUAGCAGGGGAGGCAUGAAAUCAGCUCUGCUUCUGAUCCAGUUACUUUGAAAGGGUUUGGAUUACUGGCUUUUUGAUAAGCUCCAAAUACUAGUUAUGGGCUUCUAAUGAAUAAACCAUUUUGCAGGGAAGGAGAAGAAAAGAGUUCUGUUUGCUUUAGUGGGUAGGGAAGCUUGGUGGAACUUUCAUGGGGAAACCUUUGGAGAAGAAUAUGGAUACAUGGGUACUAAGGAACCUGUGAAUAUUAAUGAGGUGGGGACUAUUCUAUUCAUGUGAUAUUGAAAGUUGGUUUUAAAGCAGUAAGGAAAGUUUGAACCAAGGCUAGUCUGGCUUUAAGAAAAUCAUUUCCAUCUUCCAAAUAUACAGGCCAGAGUAUAGGCUUUAUGUAAUCUUGACAGCAAGAGUAUGAGGACUUGCCUUCAGGCAACCACUUCUGUCCAGUUUUUAGCAAGGUUUAUCUAGUAGGAAUUGUACAAAUGUUGAUCGGACAUCAGUUUACUUCUACAAAGAAGUAAAAUAUGUAGUCUCCAUCCUAAUGGGUUUGUUUGGUUCCAGGUAGGAAGAGAAUAUCUGUACAUAAAAAUGGAAUUGGCUGCACAGGUAGGACAACAAUGUAAGCUGGUGCCAAAUUUACAUUGCAGACAACAAAAGGGAACAAUUGCUGGAAAUUGAGACACUUGAGAAAGUUUCAUGGAAGAAAGGGACAAGUUAAGGAACCUUGAGGAGCUCAUAGUCUUAUGAGAAUUCAUAAAUAGGUGAGAAGUUAAAAGUAUAACAUAAGGUUAAGUGACCACUGAGAACAAUUCUAAAAGAAAUGCAGCAGCAAAGAUGUGCAGACAAUCAUCACGUUAUUAGGAGUUUGGAAAAAGAAGGCUGCCAUAUAAUGGCAUCAGGCUCAAGUGGAAAGGGAAGGCUUUUAAAAAUGAGAAAGUCCAGUAAGACCUUGCCUCUGGGUUAACUAUUGUGAGAGGGAGCAACUUGCUUUAAACAGUCCUGAUAAUGCCAUAUGCCUUUAGACCUGAACUCUUCAGGACCUGUGAAACUCACUUAGUUGCUCUCUUAGGGUCCACACAAAAGUGCUGACAGCUUUCCAAUUUUCACCUGAACUAGACCAUCUGUGGAGGCACAGCCUCUGGUCCCUCUAGAGGCCUGUGCAGCAGCUUCUGCUGUGGACCUGUUUACCUCCCAGGAUUCUUCUCAGGGUUUGGACAUUAAUUCCCAAGAGGACCUUGAGAUGUACACAAUGAAGCAAAUGGCAAGCAGAAAAGAAAGCCAUUUAGUUCUUUAUAUUUGUUGGUAUAUGUAAAUAAAAACUCCUAUCCUGU